AUGACCAGGUGGGCGCGAGCCAACAACGUCCACAAGCACAAGGCGGCCGACGCCACGCCGUGGAGUCGGCUGAAGGCGACGGGAGGUCGAGCCCAGGGGAGCCGGGCUCCGGCGGUACAACUCGCCGCCGAUGGGAGGAAAAAGAAGAAGAAGAAGGACUACGCGGAUCAGGACGUCAACGGCUUUCUGGAGUUUCUGCAGCAGAACGGCCAUUCCUCUGCGACGGUAGAGCCGAAGGAACUGAAGCGGGAGGUGGAGGUGGCCUUGAGGAAGGACCACAGGAGAGAAAACAGAAGGAUCAAGAGGCAGACGGACAAGAAGAGCCAAAUGCUGUGCUUCAACUGUAGAAAGCCCGGCCACGGCCUUGCUGACUGCCCCGAGGCCGAGCGGGAGCGGGAGACGGGCGCUGGCAUCUGCUACCGCUGCGGCUCGGCGGAGCACGACAUCCAGCGUUGCCGGGCCAAAGUGGACCCCGCAGUAGGCGACUACCCUUACGCCAAGUGCUUCAUCUGCGGUCAGACGGGACAUUUGUCACGCUCGUGCCCGGACAACCCCAAAGGCCUCUACGCCCAAGGUGGAAGCUGUCGGACGUGCGGAUCGGUGGAACAUUUUCAGAAGGACUGUCCACAACGUCAAGCCUCAGCCGAGAGCAUGACGCUGACGCUGGGCUGGUUGUCCAACAACAUGAGUGCGGACCAUCAGGACGUGCAUGUUCCUGCCGUGACACAGAGCAAAGCCAAGCACAGCAAAGUGGUCUUCUUCUGA